UUUUUUUGUUUUGAAAAGGUGUUUGGAAAGCCGGUGCGUUCACCCCAUUUAUUUUGCAUACGGGAUGAAUGACUACAUCCUUGUUUCUAGAAUUCUGGAAUUCGUCUAAAAAGCGCAUGUCCACGUCUGGGGCUUGGUGUUUCGCACCGGGAAAUGGAAGGGACAGAGUCAUGUUUUCAGCGAAAAGCCGCAGUCGUCAGCAUCCCGCAGGAGGUCGCGAUCGAAAUAUAUCUAUAUAUAUAUACAAUAUAAAUGUAUAGAUUAUAUAUUAGAAGAAAAAAGGGCGACUUAGAAGACGGGCGGAUAAUAGAAGGGAAAUUCUCUUCCCCUUUUUCUCAGACCAAUUUUACGAAUAUGAAGAAUGAGAAGACAGUCGAUUUUCUUAAAUAGAUUGAAAUAAGAGAAGAGGAAUUUUUUUAUAAAUCUUUUUUGGCGCGAGAAAAAUACAAUAGAAGUUUUGUAUAUUAUAGAAAUUGAAGAAGAAGAAACUUAACAAAGAAAGAAAAAUUGAGAAGCAUUUUUCAAGGGUGCAAAAGAAACAUAAUUCAGUUGAGGAGGAAAAUCUUGUCCUUCAGAAUUCCAGUUGCACUGGAAAUGUCUAACAUAAUAGAAAUGUCAAGCAAUAAGCUCAUGCGUGUUAAUAUACAUUCUAUGGUCACGGUAGUUUGUUACAUUCAGUGUAACACAAGACUAACAAUAAGUGCUGAACAUAGUUUUCAAGUGAGAUAAAUACCAAGUAGUAUACAUUUUUUUUCUAAUCAAUUUUUAACUGAGUGUUUCAUUUUAUUUCAAUGUGACUAAAAAAAAAAGAAGAAAAAAAGUUUUUCAAUGGAAAAAUCAUUUCAUUUUUGAAAAUGUUUUUUUUUAAAUCACAAAUCAUUUAAAUUGUGAUUAAAUUAGUAUUAAUAACAAUGUCAUUUGUAUAUUUGAAAAAAAUGACGAUAAAUAUCAUUUAAAUAUUUAAAAGAAAAGAAACGUCUACAAAGAACGUUUUUUUAAAAAAAUAUAUUUACAGAAGAAACAAGAAAAUAUCAUUUUUCAAAAGGAACAUUUCGUUAUGCGAAAUAUUCUAAAUUAUUAAUAUUAAAUUAGUUCCAAAAAAAAAGGAAGAAAAUAUUUGAAAGUAAAUGAAAAAAAUGGAGGGUCGACCAAAAAUUGAAAUUGUUCGCGUCUCGUCAAUUGAGCGGGCAAAUUUUCGUCCAUUGGAUGGAGUUCAAUUGAGAGCAGCUUAUAGUCACGUGCGAAUUGGAAUGUUUUGUAUGGAACCGGAAGAGAAAACUGUUUGUGAAAAUAAACCGCCAAUAGAACAGACGCGCAAAUACAAAAAAAAUAUGGGACCAGUAUCAAGACUGUUAAGACGUCGUCAUCAAGCGACUUGCCUUGAAACAAAAUCCUGUGAUAACAUUUAUAAUGUCAAUAGAAAUAAUACUUCCUCGGACUGGAAAAUUAAUCAGGUUGAGGAAACAGGUAACUUUAUCGGCUUGCAAGGACGUCAUAGUAAUAGUUUAGAUUGGAGAGUUGGUAGAACAGUAAAUUCUAGUUCUGAUAAAUUAAAUUGGCGAGAUGGUUCAAGAAGUACUGAACAACUCUCAAAAAGUGGACAUUUAACAUCUAAUUUAUCUGCAUCAAGCACAAAAUCAAAAAUUGUAUCUUUAUUAAAACGCUUAUCCCCACGUUUAUCACGGCCUGGAAGCAAAGUUUCAUUACCAUCGUCACCAACAAUUUGUCCUUGGGUUCAAGUAGAAUAUGCCUCUGAUUCAAUCAAUAAUCACAAAAGAGAAGAAUCUCAAGAAAUCGAUGUCAGCUAUCAACAGGAAUUAGAGAUAAAUGAAUUGAAGAAGAAAAUUAUUGGUGUCUCUCCAACGAAACCAAAAACUGUAACUACAAAAAAUAUCAUAAAGGCUCAAAUACUGGUUCAUCCGACAAUUGAAGUUCAAUCACUCGAAAGAAAUCGAGAUUCCUCCACUUUACGGACUAAGCUUCCGACUUUUGCCGCUGUGUGGCUAAUAUCGCAUGACACACUGACAGGAAGAUGGCAAUGGCAGUUUGCGUUUGACGGAUCACGGAUGCUAUUACUGCUCGCAUGGAAAUUCGGGGCACACCCUGACCGCUAAAUUAUUCCAAGUGAACCAUUGUGUAAAUCCGGUUAGAGAGAAAAUUCUUUUGAACAAAUUACAACGGUUAUCCUGCAAAUUCUGAAAGCUGGCAAUCCACAAAAAC